AAGCUCUCACUCCUCUCAGUAGAAAGUCUUUGCCGCGAAUAUUUACAGCAGCGACGCCGUCGCCCUCUCUCUCUCUCCCACCGCUGAUACUUUCUUCUUUCUCUCUCUAACUUUUUUCCGGAUUCUAUUAGGGCUUUCGUAAGAGUAUUUUAGGGCUUUUGGUUUAGUAUUUUCGAUCUAAUCAUGGCGGACUGGCAACAAUUCGUACAAUCGGUGGUUUUCGGCCUGAUUUUCUCUUACCUUCUCGCUAAGCUCUUCUCUGUAAUCUUCGCCUUCCGCGACGAGAAUCUUCGGAUUUCUCGGAGCGACUCCGUCGACGACGAUUCGAAGGCGGUUGAUGCUCCGUUGAAGACUGCUAAUGACGCGGAGCUCCUCGGCGAUGAGGUUUUGGAAGAGGAGGAGCCGCUGAUUGGAGAAGAGGAUGAGAGCUCGACGGUUGACAGCGAUGAUAGCGAGGACGAUGAUUGGGAAGGAGUUGAGAGUACUGAGCUGGACGAGGCGUUCAGUGCUGCAACUGCAUUCGUGGCUGCUACGGCGGCGGAUCGGUCAGCGCUCAAAGUGUCGAAUGAGUUGCAAUUGCAGCUAUAUGGACUCUACAAGAUUGCUACCGAGGGACCUUGCAGUGCUCCCCAGCCUUCUGCUCUGAAAAUGACUGCUCGUGCCAAAUGGCAAGCAUGGCAAAAGUUGGGAGCUAUGCCACCUGAAGAAGCCAUGGAAAAGUACAUUGACAUUGUUACUGAGUUGUAUCCUACUUGGGCUUCUGGUGCAGCAUCAUCUAAGAAGAACAGGGAAGAAAUUGGCAGUGCAGAUUCUAAGGCUACAAUGGGACCUGUUUUUAGCACCUACAUUUAUGAAGAGGAAUCUGAAACUGAAUUGAAAAUGGAUGCUAUACAUGCCUUUGCAAGAGAAGGAGAUGAUAAAAACUUGCUCAAAUGUAUCGAAAGUGGUGUUCCUGUGGAUCUGAAGGACAGUGAGGGUCGUACUCCAUUGCACUGGGCUGUAGAUCGUGGCCAUCUAAAUAUCACUAAAGUGCUUCUAAGCAAGACUGCCAAUGUAAAUGCAAAGGAUAAUGAAGGGCAGGCCCCAUUACAUUACGCGGCGGUUUGCGAGAGGGAAGAUAUUGCAGAGUUGCUUGUGAAGCACAAUGCUGACAUAGAUGUGAAGGAUGACGACGGAAAUUGCCCUCGCGAUCUGUGUGAUUUGAAGUGGCCAUGGCUACAGUGCACAGCCACCGAGUGAUGUUUUUCCUCCACUACUGAUAAUUCUUAUAGAUGUACAUGCUCUAUAUACAUCUCGGCAGUGGAUUGAUUGCCUUUUAAUGAAUGGACUUUGACACAUAAUUCUCCCUCAGUAUAUUUUUUAGUAGUUUUGCUUAGUCUAACGUCCGGUUCUGGUCUAUCCAGUUUUAUUCAGAAAACGGAUAUAGACUGAUAAUUUUUUGUUUUGUAGUAAGGGAAUGAAAGACUUUUUAUAGACUGAA